AAAUCAAUGGAAAACACCAAUAAUGAUAAUGAUAUUAUUGAAAAUUCCGAUUCAUCAAUCUCACAACCAGAUCUAUCUGGUAAUAACAUUGAUGAUGAUAACGAUGAUGAUGAAAAUUCAAUGGCCAACAAUGAUUUUAUUCUUAACAACGAUGAAGAAAUUUUACAAACAAUUCAUUCGAUUAGUGAAGGAAAAUAUUGUACGGCUUCAAUGAAUACUGCAACUGGUUUAACAGCUAUUGGAACAUUUCCGUCCGCAAUCAUUUCAUCUGCAUCUGUAUCAGAAUCUGUAUCACAUUCAAUCAUUUCUAUGGUUAAUAUUUCUAAAAACAAUGUGGGUGAUGAUAAACAAAAAAUUAAUAGAAAAAAAUUACGUUUAAAUCGUGAUAAUCAUCAACAGCAGCAACAAAAUUUUCAUCAUCAAUUUCAUCAUCAUCACCAUCAUCAACCGAUUGUGAUGGAUGAAAAUCUAAACUUUCAAUAG